ACGAUUCAUUUUAGAAAGAAAAAAAGGUGUAUAAAAAAUUAUUAACCUGAAAAUCAGUUUAGUGAUAUUUAAAACUCUAUGGGGAACGUCAUCAAACAAAAAUCAAGGUGUAGAGAAGUUGUAAACUUGGAGAAAACUAUUGAAAAUAAAGCUACAAUGAAAAAGUUUCUAAUACAAUGUCCAAUAACAAGUUUACCAGAACGUCAUUGUGCUCGACAUGGCAAACCCGAGCGCCUUUACAAAACAACAAAUCCAUAUCUCAUAUUCUUCUUGAGAUUAAAGAGCAGAAAGCCUCACAUACCCGUGGUAAAAAUGGCACGAGUCGCUGGGGAACGCUGGCAGUGCAUGACAUGUCAGCAGCGUAAAAAAUAUAUUGAUCUUGCUGAAGCUGAGAAGAAGCGUCGGCAGGGUCGAAGAUCCACACGACGAGCCCGGAGGAACUGGUCAAAAAGAGCUUGCACACGAAAGAAAGGAUCAAAAAGACGGGGUUGAAAUGAAAAAAGCUGAUUCAAUUCAAUUUUACGAUUUC